CUCGGCGAAGCCAGCGAUGAUGAAAUGGUGAUCUGGGUCAAGGCGGAACAUGUAUUCAUCAACGCAUAUUCGCGCAGAGUUAAGAAAACGGACGAGGUUUUGAUUGAGGGAGAGGGCAAUGAAGCCAAUAAAGAAUCAAUCAUUGAUGUACCGAAGAAAUCUGCCUCAACAAAUGAAUUGAAUGCAUCUCUAAGAGCAGAAUCUCCUACCCCUGGAAAAGUUCUCAAUAAGAGGAGAAGCUAUGCACAUUUCCAUUUGGAGCUAGGCCAAUCUGAUUUUCUUCUCCACACAUGUUCAGUGGGCACAAGAAUGCUGCUUGGGACGGAAGUGAUGAAAAAACCCAUAGCACAUUUCGCAAGAAUUACACCCAGAGAAUUCAAUUCAAGGGAUGGCACAAUGAAGGGGUUAUUCAUAUGCCUAAUGGUGGAGGGGGUCGUGUUAUUUUGGUGUCAAAUUCUGAUCCUGUUACUCAGAGAAAUAAGGAUAUGUUAUAUUUACAGGUCCUGGAGAUUGUGCUUGGGGAAGGAUAGAUUUUUCGUAAGUUCUGUAAGGUAAGCUGACUCUAUUAAUGUUAUUAACAAGGCAAUAUAAAGGAUGGAUGUAUGUAUGUCUGCAUGUUAAAAAAUUUUUAAAUUUGGC